UGAUUACUGAAAAAAAUACUAAAUUAACUGAAUCUAAUCGUAAAUUAGAAACUGUGACUAAAGAAAACAGUGAAAAUGAAAAAGUUCUAGAACAAUUGUUGAAAGAGUUUAAGGAAUUAGGAGAAAAUUGGAUUCAACUUAGGAAAAUUGUUCAGGGAAAUUAUUUUCAAUUAAGUAAAAUCCAUGCUUAUUUAACUCGUUCUGAUGUAGUUGAUAUGGCGAGAAGAAUUAAUAAAUCAUUUGCAGACAGUGAGGAUAAUCCUAAUUUAAGUUUUGUGAUCUAUGAAGAUUAUGAUCCUAAUAAACCAACCAUUGAAGAA